CGGCUGCCUGUAAGCACCAACGAAGAAGAAGAAGAAGAAGAGCUCUCCCACAUGACUGUCCAUGUGGCUUUGGAGACCGAAACACUCCUUCAUAGCUUCACAUUAAUUUAUUAAAUAUCAUUAAAACAAACAGUAGUCUGGUUGAGGAGAAGCUGCGAGCAGCUCUGCGGGGAACUAAAAAUGCAACACGAUGACGUGAUCUGGGACAUUAUUGGGAACGCACAGUUCUGCUCCUUCAAAGUCAAGACGAAGAGUCAGGGCUUCUGUCGCAAUGAAUACAACAUCACAGGGUUGUGUAACCGCUCGUCCUGUCCGCUGGCCAACAGUCAGUACGCCACCAUCAGAGAGGAGAAAGGUCAGUGUUUCCUCUACAUGAAGGUGAUCGAGAGAGCAGCUUUUCCUGCCAAGAUGUGGGAGAAGGUGAAGCUCAGUAAAAACUACGAGAAAGCUCUGGAACAGAUUGAUAAGAAUUUGAUCUACUGGCCUCGAUUCAUCCGUCACAAAUGCAAACAGCGUUUCACCAAAAUCACUCAGUACCUGAUCCGCAUGCGCAAACUGGUCCUCAAGAGACAGAGGAAGUUGGUUCCCCUCAGCAGGAAGGUGGAGCGGAGAGAGAAAAGGAAAGAGGAGAAAGCUCUGAUCGCUGCUCAGCUGGAUAACGCCAUCGAGAAGGAGCUUCUGGAGAGACUGAAACAGGGAACGUAUGGAGACAUCUACAACUUCCCAAUCCAAGCCUUUGAUAAGGCUCUGGAGCAGCAGGAUGAAGAGAGCGAGGAGGAGGAGGAGGAAGAUGAGGAGGAGGAGGUGGAGGAUGAUGAGGACGUUGGGAAGAGUGAGUUUGUAGCAGAAGAAGAAGUGGAUGAGAGCGACCUGAGCGACUUCGAGGAAAUGAACAAACUUAAGACUAGCAGUGACGAGGAGGAAGAGGAGUCCAGUGAAGAGGAAGAGGAUGAGGAUGAGGAGGAGAUGGAGGUCGAGACAAAGACCUCCAAGUCUAAAGGCAAAUCUCCAGCCAACGGCUCGGCGGUGAGGAAGAAGCGAGCGUACGUGGAGAUAGAGUACGAGACAGAGCCCGUCUCCAAGAGCACAGCCACGUAGUGAAGCCCCGCCCUCUGCUGAGGACAUCAGUUUGUUCGUAGAGACUGAAUGGAAGUUUGUGAAUGGACACGCAGGAAGGAUCUGACCUGGAAUCCGAUCUGAUUAUUAAACACCCAAAGUGACUUUAAACUUUCUUUUUCUGCCUAACUUUGACUUUUAAAAUAACUGCUUUGUUUUAUUAAUAUCGAAUCCAUAAUCCACUUUGAAAACACAAAAUAACGGAUGAACAUGUCAAUAAAUCUAUUUUGGAAAAAACUGUAAA